AUGGUUUCGGACUCGGAGCUUUUGAAACGGCUCCGAGAAAUACUUGGAAGUUCCGACCUCGACACCGCCACAGCCGGUUCAAUCCGCCGCCAGCUUGAGGAGGAGUUCAAGAUUGAUUUGCAGGACCGUAAGGCAUUCAUCAGAGAACAAAUCGAUAUUUUCCUGGAAAGUGAAGACCCAGAGUCUCAAAAUGACGGCGGCGGCGGCGACCGAGAAGAGGAUGAAAAUAAUCAAGAAAUGGACGCGGAAGAAGAAGACGGUGAUGAUGAAGAAGGCGAGGGAAGUGAUGAUGAAGCAGUGAAGGGAAGGGCAAGUAAAGCAAAGAAAAGGGGAAGUGGUUUUACCAAACCAUGUGCGAUUUCUCCUCAACUUCAAGAAGUAGUUGGAGUGCCUGAAAUGGCUAGAACCGAGGUGGUGAAAAAGUUAUGGGAAUACAUUCGAGCGAAGGAUUUGCAGAAUCCCAAGGACAAGCGAAAAAUUAUAUGUGAUGAAGCUCUGCGGGGAAUUUUUAAAGUUAAUACCAUCAACAUGUUUCAGAUGAAUAAAGCAUUAUCCAAGCACAUAUGGCCCAUUGAGUACGAAGAUGAAACUCCUGUUGUGGAAUCUCCACCAGAAAAAAAGAAGCUUAAAAGAAGCAGACAAGAAGAUGUGGAAGAAGAACCAAAGGGGAAAGGGAAACAACAAAAAGGGAAACCUUCUGGAUUCCUUGCACCUCUUCCCUUGUCGAGUGCCCUGGUUGAAUUCCUCGGUACUGGUGAAAGUGCGUUACCUCGAUCUGAUGUUGUGAAGAGAAUGUGGACGUAUAUAAAGGAUAAUGAUUUGCAGGACCCGAAAGACAGGAGGAAAAUCAUAUGUGAUGACAAGCUAAACAAGCUCUUUAAAGUUCGGUCGUUCACAGGCUUCACGGUAUCAAAGCUUCUAAAGCCUCAUUUUGUUAAAACCGGUGGAUAG